CCCAACAAAAAAAUGGGUUUCCGAUGAUCUCGUCCAUCUAUCCUGUUUUUCCUCUCAUUUCUCUUCCUUCAAUCAGAGGGAGAAGUGGGCAGAGAGAAAGAGAGAGAGAGAGUAGUCAAUCUUUAAGCAAAAGUGGAGAAACUCGUUGUGUAUCUGUUUCUGAUCCGAAAGAUCCCUAGAUCUGACGCUUUCUCUGUUUCAUUAAAGAUACAAAGACGGUGCCGAACUUAUUGCGAGCGCAAUUGUACAAUUUUGAUUCGUGGGUCGAUUUUUUCUCCUCGAAAUCUUUGGCGUUACUGGGUCAUUGGCUAUGAUCUGGGUUUGAAACUCAACGCGUCAAUUACGGAGACGACUCUGAGCUCAAGAAUUUGUGAGGGGCUUUGAGAGAGGUUUAUACAGGCAAUUGAAGAUGCAGAGUCUGGCCAGGUGGUACUUGAAUGAAUCACACUAGGAGAGGUUGGCCUUUGCUGAAAUGAGGGAUGUUAUCAAAGUUAAUGAACUUCCUGAGGUCAUGUUGGAGACCCUAUUCGGCUCAUUCGGGUUCAGACACUGCAGGACGUCAAGACGGGCUUCUAUGGUACAAAGAUAUUGGUCAGCAUCUGGCUGGUGAUUUCUCCAUGGCUGUGAUUCAGGCUAAUAAUCUGCUGGAGGACCAGAGCCAGAUCGAGUCUGGUCCUUUGAGUCUCCUUGAUUCUGGUCCUUACGGUACCUUUGUCGGAGUAUACGAUGGCCAUGGAGGGCCUGAGACUUCCCGUUACAUCAAUGAUCAUCUUUUCCGCCAUCUAAAGAGGUUUGCAACAGAACAACAAUCCAUGACUGUAGAUGUGAUAAAGAAAGCAUAUCAAGCAACAGAAGAAGGGUUCUUAUCUGUAGUUACGAAGCUGUGGCCGGUGAAUCCACAGAUUGCAGCUGUUGGGUCUUGCUGUCUUGUCGGUGUUGUGUGCAAUGGAACCUUGUACGUUGCCAAUGUCGGAGAUUCCCGUGCUGUCCUCGGGAGGCUUAUGAAGGCUACCGGAGAGAUUAUUGCCAUCCAACUUUCGUCUGAGCAUAAUGUGGCCUUAGAAUCUGUGAGGCAGGAGAUGCAUUCUUUGCAUCCUGAUGACUCACAUAUUGUGGUUUUAAAGCAUAAUGUGUGGCGAGUGAAGGGAUUGAUACAGGUGUCAAGAUCUAUUGGAGAUGUGUAUCUAAAAAAGGCAGAGUUUAACAGGGAGCCACUCUAUGCAAAGUUUCGCCUCCGGGAGCCAUUUAAGAGACAGAUACUGAGCUCUGAGCCGUCUAUCUCUGUUCACGAAAUCCAGCCUCAGGAUCAGUUUGUUAUAUUUGCUUCAGAUGGCCUCUGGGAGCACCUUAGCAACCAAGAAGCUGUGGAUAUCGUUCAGAAUCAUCCUCGCAACGGAAUUGCUCGGAGGCUUGUGAAGACAGCGUUACACGAAGCGGCAAAGAAGAGGGAGAUGAGAUAUUCGGACCUGAAGAAGAUAGAGCGAGGAGUGCGUCGCCAUUUCCACGAUGACAUCACGGUGGCGGUUGUGUUCCUGGACUCGAAUCUUGUGAGCAGAGGCAGCUCGGUGAAAGGCCCUUCUCUGUCAUUGAGAGGAGGCGGUGUUCAUAUACCUUCAAGAACCUUAGCCCCGACAGAGACCAGCAGCACUACUGGCUAGAACGCCGGAUCCGAAAUCUGGCUUUUUAUAGGUACAGUUUGGUUUGUUGUACGAUGGAAAAUGUAUCCUUUUUCACGACAUAGCCAAAGUAGAUAGCUCUAGAUUCUUUCCUGUCUUUUUUUUUUUGUUAACUCAAGAAAGAUCCAUGGGUAUGUCCCCUCCUGAACCACUGGUAAGAUUGUUCGUUAAGUUACAGGCCAAGUAGCUUUCUUUCUUUCA